UAUAGUGAACGCUUGAUAAAAGGAGUGACCCAGUGGUAGCAGCUUUUAACUUUCUAAACCCUGAAACUUCAGUAUAAACUGAUCGGAAUCGGCUAAUUCAUAUUGAAAUGUCUAGCGCAGGCAUACAAGGGAGAAGGGGCGUCAUGCACCUCUUAGUUUUAAUCUCAUUGCAUUCAGUAUAUUGUUUAACCUCAGGACGUCUGCGUUAUUCAUUGCCAGAGGAAUCAGAACAUGGAUCUUUUGUUGGACAUCUUGCAGCAGAUGUGGGCAUCGAUCCUAAAGAUGUAGCAACUCGCCGCCUUCGCCUUACCUCAUCGGAGAAGAGCCAUUUCUUUCAUUUUAAUUCGGUGACUGGGGAUCUAUACAUAAAGGAAAGAAUAGACAGGGAGCAGUUAUGUGAAAAAAUGACUUUGUGUGUCUUGACUUUUGAGGCUGUUGCUGAAAAUCCUUUACAGGUAUUUACAGGAGAGGUGGAAAUUCAGGACAUCAAUGACAAUCCCCCUGUUUUCCCAACCGAUGUGAUUAAACUGAGUAUUAGUGAGCUGGUAUCUCCCGGUGCCCGCUUUCCUCUUGGACAUGCAGUAGACCCCGACAUUGGCAAAAACACCGUUAUUGAUUACGCACUUAGUCCUACUGAAUAUUUCAGUUUGAUUCUAGCAGAUAGAGAAGGCAGCCAAUACCUAGAGCUUGUUCUAAAUCGUUCACUGGAUCACGAAAAACAAAGCCACCAUAUCCUUGUACUCACAGCAAAUGAUAAUGGUGUGCCUGAGAGAACUGGUACUGCACAAAUACAAAUAAGUGUUUUGGACGUCAAUGACAAUGUACCAGUGUUUGGGCAGUCGGCUUAUAGGACAAGUUUGAAAGAAGGCAUACCAAGGGGUACAUUAGUAGUUAAAGUAACUGCUUUAGACAAGGAUGGUGGUUCAAACGGCGAAGUAAGAUACACAUUCAAUAAAAUAACAGACAGAGCACGUUCUUUGUUUAACCUAGACCCCAUCACUGGAGAAAUAGUCACUGUUGGGGAUGUAGAUUUUGAGGAAGUAAAAAUGUUUGAAAUAACAAUAGAAGCCAAAGAUGGUGGCGGACUGACUGCUCACUGCAAGGUACAUAUUGAUAUUAUUGAUGAGAACGAUAACGCACCUCAAAUAACAAUUUCUUCUGUUUCUAAUGUUAUUUCUGAAGAUUCAGCACCCGGUGCUGUCAUUGCUUUUAUAAAUAUUGUCGAUAGGGAUUCUGGUGAGAAUGGUGAAACCAUUUGCCAGAUACAAGAGCGUACUCCAUUUACGCUGACACCUUCAUUCAGGAAUUACUACACACUGGAGUUAAACGGAUCACUUGAUCGAGAAGAGUUUGCUGAAUACAACAUUACCGUCACAGCUAUUGAUAAAGGAUUUCCACCUCUUUCAUCUGUCGGGACCAUCUACAUCAAAAUUUCAGAUAUAAAUGACAACCCACCUCUGUUUUCUAAAGUCAUAUAUAAUGCGUAUAUAACUGAGAAUAAUCCACAAGGAUAUAUAAUCCUUACAGUGGAAGCAAAGGAUGCUGACUGGAACCAGAACGCUCACGUUACUUAUUCUAUUGCCCCUAGUUAUAUUGGUAACAGUAACACUUUAGUCUCUGCAUAUGUAUCAAUUAACCCAGAUAAUGGUAACAUUUAUGCUCUGCGUUCUUUUGAUUAUGAAGACUGUAGAGGCUUUCAGUUCCUAGUUCAGGCCACAGACGGUGGUUCACCACCCCUCAAUACCAACGUUACAGUGAAUGUCUUCAUUCAGGAUGAGAAUGACAAUAUCCCUAAAAUUCUGUACCCACUGCCAAGUGAUGAAGCUUCUGCGGGCAUUGAGAUAGUACCCCUUUUGGCAGAAGCAAAUUAUCUUGUGACUAAGGUGGUAGCAGUUGAUGCUGACUCUGGACAGAAUGCUUGGCUUUCCUAUCAAAUGUUAAAAGCAGCAGAAAAUAGUCUUUUCAGUGUAGGAUAUCACACUGGGGAAAUUAGAACAUCCCGGCCUGUUCAAGUAAAAGAACCAACUAAAGAAGUUAUUUCCGUUCUAGUGAAAGACAAUGGGCAGCCAACACAUUCCGCCACAGCCGUCGUCACUAUAUUUAUUGUAGACAGCUUCUCUGACCCACUUUUAGAUGUUAUCAGCCCCGCAGAAAAGAGAGACCAGGACUCUAAUCUGACUUUGUAUUUGCUGAUCUCUGUAAUUUCGGUGUCUGCCUUGUUUUUUUGUUUCAUUAUAAUUAUAUUUAUCUUCAGGUUUCAGAAAUGGAGGCAGUCCUCAUUGGUCCAAUCAUCAUUUGUGGAUUACAAACGUGGGCACCAUUCAUACUAUGGGGAAGCAGAGCCUAUGGGAAAUGACGACCAUCUGCGUUAUUUACAGGAAGCUUUCUUAACCACUGAUUCUAGAAAGAACGAGUUUCAGAUUAUAAGGCCUUAUGGACCUCACAGAAUGGGAGGUAAAAAUACUGAUGGCUACAGAUCAGAACUCCAACUUGAAGAUACUUCUGACGGAAGUAAUGCUGUCUCACAGGUGAGAGCAUUUAUCAAUUGAUUGUUCACUCUGUCAGUUGUUACAUUUAACUCACUGAAUUUCUAAAAUUACACAUUUGCUUUAGUUUCUUUAAAUUAUCUCAGAAUUCUGUUAUUGAAAGAUAAAUAUGCUGAAGUAGAGAAAACAGAUGGUAUGAAGCAGAGAAUGGAUAACAAGACAUUACCAAAAUUAUUAAAAUUUAUUAUAAAACCUGGAUAAUUGUAAUUAUGAUCAAGUAUCUAAUUUCCUUUAUCAGAAAUAGGAUGUGGUGUAUAUUUGGGAAUGCCUUUAUUUGUUAGUUUAGAAUGAAAUAUGUCAAAAUAAAGAACAUUGUCUUAAUGGAGGUAAUACUAUAAGGAAGAACAAGAAAGUCUAACAUGCCUGAGUAAUGCAAUUCAAUGAAUGCUGAACUUAAAAUGAAAGUUAUGAUGAAAAAGUAUAGUAUUUAAAAUAUCUGUAGAAAUAUCACUGGUGUCAAGCUUUCCAUGUAUAGAUGGUAUGCUGAUGUAUAUUAAUGAGGAGGUAUGGCUGAUUCAGAAACAGAAAAAAAAACAAUAAACACAUUUUGAUACGAUUUUAAGAGAUAUACACAUUUUAGAGAACCUAAAUGAGCAUGCACCUCAUCACUUAGUGUGUUAUGUUUAAUGACAAACUACAUAUAAAAAAAGUAUAUAAUAAACAUUUUUACUUUA